AUGGUGCAGAAAUCCCGCAACGGAGGCGUCUACCCAGGGCCCGCAGCUGAGAAGAAGCUCAAGGUGGGCUUCGUGGGGCUGGACCCGGGCGCCCCGGACUCCAGCCGGGACGGGGCGCUCCUCAUCGCCGGCUCCGAGAGCACCAAGCGGGGCAGCAUCCUCAGCAAGCCCCGCUCCGGGGUCUCGGGCAGCGGGAAGCCCCCCAAAAGGAAUGCUUUUUACCGCAAGCUGCAGAAUUUCCUCUACAAUGUACUGGAGAGACCGCGGGGCUGGGCUUUCAUUUACCACGCAUACGUUUUUCUACUAGUUUUCUCCUGCCUGGUGCUGUCUGUCUUUUCAACCAUCGAUGAGUACCAGAACAGCUCAGAAGGAGCCCUUUACAUCCUGGAAAUCGUCACCAUCGUGGUGUUUGGGGUCGAAUACUUUGUGAGGAUCUGGGCGGCCGGCUGCUGCUGCCGAUACCGGGGCUGGAGGGGAAGGUUAAAAUUUGCUCGCAAGCCUUUCUGCGUCAUCGACAUCAUGGUGCUGAUCGCCUCCAUCGCCGUGCUGGCAGCAGGGUCCCAAGGGAACGUCUUUGCCACCUCGGCGCUCAGGAGUUUGCGGUUCCUUCAGAUCCUGCGCAUGAUCCGCAUGGACCGGCGGGGCGGCACCUGGAAGCUCCUGGGCUCUGUGGUCUAUGCACACAGUAAGGAGCUGAUUACUGCCUGGUAUAUUGGCUUCCUGUGCCUCAUUCUGGCCUCUUUCCUGGUAUACUUGGCCGAGAAAGGAGAAAAUGAGCACUUUGAUACAUACGCGGAUGCACUCUGGUGGGGUCUGAUUACUCUCACCACCAUCGGCUACGGGGACAAGUACCCGCAGACCUGGAACGGGCGGCUGCUGGCGGCUACGUUCACGCUCAUCGGUGUCUCCUUCUUCGCCCUUCCUGCCGGCAUCUUGGGUUCGGGUUUUGCUCUGAAGGUUCAAGAACAGCAUCGACAAAAACACUUUGAGAAGAGGCGAAACCCAGCAGCGGGCCUGAUUCAGGCGGCUUGGAGAUUUUAUGCCACCAACCUGUCCCGGACGGACCUGCACUCCACCUGGCAGUACUACGAACGCACCGUCACCGUCCCCAUGUACAGCACGCAAACGCAAACGUACGGUGCCUCCAGACUCAUCCCUCCUCUGAACCAGCUGGAGCUCCUGAGGAACCUGAAGAGCAAAUCGGGACUGACAUUCAGGAAAGAGCAGCAGCCCGAACCAUCGCCAAGUAAAAGCAAACCGUGCAGAGAGUCACUAUGCGGAUGCUGCUCAGGAAACUCUAGUCAGAAGGUCAGUUUGAAAGAUCGUGUCUUCUCCAGUCCCCGCGGUGCUGGCACCAAAGGGAAAGGCUCUCCACAGGCUCAGGGCAUCCGGAGGUCCCCCAGCGCUGACCAGAGCAUCGAGGACAGCCCAAGCAAAGUGCCCAAGAGCUGGAGCUUUGGAGACCGCAGCCGAGCCCGGCAAGCUUUCCGCAUCAAGGGAGCGGCGUCGCGGCAAAACUCAGAAGAAGCAAGCCUUCCUGGAGAAGACAUUCCCGAUGAGAACAAAAGCUGCAACUGCGAGUUUGUGACGGAAGAUUUGACGCCAGGACUGAAAGUCAGCAUCAGGGCAGUGUGCAUUAUGAGAUUUCUCGUCUCCAAGCGCAAGUUUAAGGAGAGCCUUCGGCCCUACGACGUGAUGGAUGUCAUCGAGCAGUAUUCAGCCGGUCACCUGGACAUGCUCUCCCGGAUUAAAAACCUUCAGGCCAGAGUUGACCAGAUCGUUGGGAGAGGAUCCUCCAUGACCGACAAGGAUCGAACCAAAGGGCCAGCGGAGGGAGAGCUGCCUGAAGACCCUAGCAUGAUGGGCAGGCUUGGAAAAGUUGAAAAACAGGUUCAGUCAAUGGAAAAGAAGCUGGACUUCCUGGUGAACAUUUACAUGCAGCGGAUGGGCAUCCCACCAACAGAGACGGAGGCUUAUUUUGGGUCCAAAGAACCAGACCCAGCACCUCCCUACCACAGCCCCGAAGACAGCAGGGAACACAUUGACAAGAACGGCUGCAUCAUCAAGAUCAUCAGGUCCACCAGCUCCAUGGGUCAGAAGAACUUCUCUGCCCCGCCAGCCCCGACCAACACAUGCCCGCCCUCGACGUCAUGCCAGCAGCAGGUCUACCAGCGGCAAAGCCAUGGCUCCUCGCCCGUCGGAGACCCCGGCUCGCUGGUCCGCAUCCCACCUCCACCCUCCCACGAGCGUUCCUUGUCAGCGUACAGCGGUGGGCACAGGGCGAGUGCAGAGUACCUGAGGAACGAAGACAUUACAACCAAACACCACGAGAGUGCCAUGAGAGACAGCGACACGUCCAUCUCCAUCCCCUCGGUAGACCAUGAGGAACUGGAGCGCUCUUUCAGUGGCUUUAGCAUCUCCCAGUCCAAAGAGAAUUUGGACAUCCUUAACAACGGUUGCUAUGCAGCCGUGGCCAAAAUCAGACCCUACAUUGCAGAAGGGGAAUCAGACACUGAUUCUGACCUCUGCACGCCCUGCGGUCCUCCUCCCAGGUCGGCCACAGGUGAGGGACCCUUCAGUGACAUGGGCUGGUCAGCCCCCAGGCAGUGAAGCCUUCUCGCAGCCGCCGAGCCACGUCCAAGUGUUGGCAGCUGCCCGCUCCAGCUGUCCACGCGUUGAACUUCUCAAGGAGAUUGACAGCUAAGGUUUUCCUCCAUCUAGGACAUCCUUAGCUGGAGGAUACUUUCUUGCAGCUUACUCUGGGGGGGGUGGAAUGAGCAGGUCCGAGCCUGCAUUUAUGGAAGAGGUCACGGUGGUGAGCAAACUGGAGCUGUGAAGUCCAGAUUUCUUUCAUACUCUCUUUCUAAGAUCAUUAGGUGAAAUUAUUUCAUGGUGCAGGGUAGGUAAUUUGCAUUUCUUGGGAAUCUUGAGAAGUGCAGGGCAGGAAUAAAUCACCUGGCCAGGGCUUUUGGAGGUCACAGUAAUUGGUGACUGACAAGUGUUACGUCGGCAUUGCCACACCAUGGCACCGGUGAUUACACCAUUAGGUGUUCUGGAGUCACAGAAUGAACACAUGUCUGUCUCUGGCUUAGAUUUCAGGUCACAUGUAAUUACGGGGGGUUGUUACUCUGGUUCCUCAUGAACUGUCAGGAAGGUGGCAUAAUUCCAAUAUAAUACAUGGAAAUGUUGCGUAGGCCCCUGGGGGAAAGGGAUGGUGGCUGGAGUAUUUGCAUGAACAGAAGACAUGGCCUCAGAGUGGGACAGGUUAGGAUACUGCUCUGAACCAGAAUGGUUUGGAAAUUAUCCCAUGUUAGGGAAUUGAAAAACCGAGAAAUAUGAGCUUGAGUGCAAGAAGAGAAACAACCCAGAGGGCAGAGAAAUGAGACAGAGGAGGACAAGAGACUGUAGGGCUGAAAUUUUAUGUUUUAAACCAUGUAUUAUAUUUAAUUAUCUCUCCUUCUGUUGACAACGGGCCUGGAGAUGCUUUGGAAGCAAAGGCAAACCAAAGCAACCCCUCCGGAGGGCUGUCAUGGUGUGAAGCCGUUCUCGUGGCCAACAGUGCUGUUGUGGAGUCACAGCCACACCAGGCCAAAGGGAGAGGGUGCAUAUGCAACAUGCUGUGGUCCCCGUGUUGCUGCGAGUUAAGUGCUGAGCUCCGUCCUUUUGCAGCCCUGUUGGUCAGAGUGGGCACUUUUCUUACAGUUUGCAUUGUGCCUGAACACUUUUGCACACACUAUGCCCUGUGAAAAUCUUCCCUUUCUUCUUCUACCCUGCCAAGAAUCUCACACCCAUGUUCCCAGGACAUCCUUCGGGUUUUUUUGGAUCCCUCAAGCGGAGUUAAGAGGUGAUUCUUUUCUUCAUGGUCUUUCAGAAGCCUCUUACCUGUGCUUGCCCGCAAGUUGUGCCAAUCCAAGUCUGACCCAUUUCGUUGUUGUUAAAGUACUUUCUCUUGGAAGGAUCUUUGUGUCAUUACCGGGAACCUCAGCAGCGCAUUCAAGCUGGGGGAAAGCAAGGGGAAAAGUGAUGCUCAAAGUUUCUUUUGGGACCAAAAUGAAGUCACAAAGUGAUCCUUUACAUGGAUAGGUUGUUUGAUUUUUUUUUUUUUUUUGCAAGGGGGUGGAUCAUGAAAAGUGUGUUUGGGAUCCAUCUCCAGAGUUGGGACACCAUGGCUGGCGUUGUGCCUCUGAACCCUCCCAUGCAUCUACAGCCCAAAUCCUGUACGUGUUUUCUGCUGGGGCUGUCUGUGAUUUCAAACCCUGUCUCUCCACAUUUUCCCCAUCUUGUAUCAAGAGCCUGUUAAGGAUAUUUAGGUGACAACUUCAUUUCUGUGUGGCCUUCAAGAGGUUGAACAUUGACUUGCUUGGGGUGAUGGGAGAAUCACGGCCUUUUUCUCUCCUCCUGUUUGCUUGACCAGAGGCAGCAAGCAGGAGAGACCCAGGACUAUUUUGGCCUUAGGGAAGAUGUGGGUGCAGUCUGAGAGCUUGCAGACAGGAAAUAAAACCAUCCUUUUGCUAGUGCUCAGGACCAACACGAGGUCUUCACAUGGGAUUGAGGAGUGAGGAAAGGCUCUGCACAAUUUUUCCUGCCAUUUUUCACCAUUCAGGAGAGGAAAACAUUUUUCUUAAAGGGAAUGUAAGCUUCCAGCCACGCUGAUUCCUUUCUUUCCCAUUUGAUCAAUUUUUUUUAUUACCUCCCACAAUUUUCCCUCUCUGCUUGUGCUCCCAAACUCCUUUUGGCUCCAGAUUUCUUUGUGGAAAGUGAACCCAGUGACGCCCUUGACUCUGAUUCAGAGAAAUCUUUGAGUGCAAAAUGGCUGCAAAUUGUGCAGACUUGCCCCUGGCAUGUUGCAAAAUGAGAUGCCUUUGGGUAGAGAAAGAAAUGUCAGCAGGUCCCAAAUCAGACUUGGCAUGUGUUUUCCAGUGACUACAAGAAUGGAAAUUGCAGUGGGUGAGGCAAAACCUGACACUGCUCCAGCCAGCUGUUCGCUGCAAAUUUUGUCCAAGUCAGAGAUAACAAGGAUUUAUUAUCUUAUUUGUUUGCAAUUGCUUUUCAAGGCCUGCUGGAAAUUUGGCACAGAAGGGUGUGAUGCAAAGGCAGGAACUCCGGAUGAGGAUGAUGUCAUGUGGUCCUAUUGCAGCAUAGGUACAUGACUGGUCUUUAAUAUAGGAAGCAAAGUCAACAGGACUUCAAGGCACAAUUUUUUGCAGGAUGUAACUUUCGUCAUGUCUUAAUUUUGAAGCCCUAUUAGUUCUAUUUUCAAUGUCCAUUUCCUAGUUCUUAUUGCAAAAUCCCUUUCUCCUGUCCAGAUGAUGUUACACCCAUGAAAACAGAUACUGCCAGUGUGUCUCAAGGAGAUGCAGUUCCACUGUGUCCUCUUGAGUUUUCCACAGGUUGAAAUCUGCAGUCUUUUACCUCCUUUAGGGACUGCAUAGGAAGAGCUGUGUUUUCCAUCUUCAGGUUACUGCAUUAGAAUUUGUAAAGAUCUUCUGACUUGUAGCAUUAAAAGGUGUUGGAUUUGUCCCACAAUCACUGAUUACAGAAAAUUGGUUUUAUAUAUAUGCAGCACAGAUUGUAUCUUGCUGCCACAAAUUUCACAUAGAAUUUUUUUUUGGAAGGUGUAAAAAAUAUUCCACCUUUAUCUGUGGCAUCAUUUCAAAGAAAUUCUGGCACAUGCUUCCAUCCACAGCCAUGCCAUAAAUCAUCACUUCUCAUUCAUCCAGGCAAAAAGGCCUGGAUUUUUGGGUUAACUUGCACCAGAAUUAUCUUCAAAUGCUCCUUAUUUCCAUGAAAUGACUUAUGCCUACAUAAUUGAUAACAGAGCCUGCUUGUUGCUUAUCAGUAUCAAUAAUUUCAUUCCUGUCCUAAAUCACAGUCCAAUACUCUCUGCAAAGUCUUUGCUUUCAAUCCCUUAAUUCCUCUAUGCCUGUAUCACACACUCCUGGUGGUAAUCUCACACAAGAAGUCUUAACCACUAGAUUAAAAGAAAAUAAAUUUAUUUUGUUUUGCUAAUAAGGCAGUCUCAAUGAUAAAGACCUUUAAAACGAUGGACAGGCAAACUUUGUCCCUCUGCUGAGCCUCUCUCGAGCUGGUCUUUGCUCCCCUUUUCCUCCCAAGUCUGGUUCUGUAUUUUUUGGAGGACAGAAACAAGUUUUAGACAAUGCCAAGUGUGGACAGAGGAGACCAAGGAGAGCUGAAGAGGAUGUGAAAGUCAAAUUUCCAGCAGGCCAUCCUGAACUGCUCCGGAGGUGCCUGUGCCUACGUAUGGUUCUGUGCACAGAGCCUGGUUUCAAGGUGCAUCUGUGCCGAAUAUGAAGCCAUGGCCGUGGUCCCAGGCUCUGGUCUCCAAGAAACUUUAUGCCUUUUUUCUUUUUUUUCUUUUUUUUUCUUUUUUUUUUUCUUUUUCUUUUUUUUUUUUCAGAAUCUGGAUCUAGGUCUGGAGAGAAAUACUGCAAAUGGCCCCACCUGCGGGAUGGAGCAAUCCCUAAGACUGGGACCUGAAGCCACAGUCAGUUUUUGGGUGCUUCAGGUCCAAGCGUGAGUUCAAGUUGCCUGAGGAGUUCAUGUCUCUGAACAGGAGACGUGGCUGGAGAUCUUGCAAUCUCUGUGCAGGUGGCCUUCCAUAAUGUGACCCCAAGACAUAGGAACAGAUCACUAGCCAUAAGUCGAAAUUCCCAAUAUUUGGGAAGGGACUUUAAUGUUACUCAAGUGCAGAUUUUGUAUGUGAAUUUCCUUGUUGACUCAUUUUCUUAUAAUAAUUUUUAAAACAAAAAUGUCAAGGAACUCACUGAAAACAAACCUCUUGUCCAGCUCAGAAAGCCAUUAUAUUUCUUUAGACAGACUAUGUGAUAGAUCAGAUUUUCUAAAACUGUAUUUUCUUUCAAAUGCUGCUUAAUAGAUCCAAAUAAAUUCUGCAGGAUCAUUGCUAUUUACAGAUAAAUAGGUAUAUUUUUACAUUUUAAUUGAUUUUUAAGAUUUUAAAUUAUGUGAAUUUUUAGAACAAGUUUGUAUAAUCUACCUGAGAAGCCAGAGCAUCACCUCCGAUACAUAUGCUCCCCUUCCUAAGUUACCCAAGAGAAAAGAAAACCACAUUUACUCAUAUUUUUCUCAAGAGGGAGCUACUGCAAACCUCAUUUCCCUUAUGUCCUCAGACCACUACAGUCACAGCAACAUUAUUGCUAAAAACAAAAUGUAAGGAUUAAUAGAGAAACUGAAAUUCCUAAGGAAUUUCCCCAAGAAUUAUCCCAUAUAAAGACCCUUAACAGUGAGUAUAUUAUUGGGAAUGUUAAAAAGCCCAGGAGCAGCUAAGGAUUUCUGUUUCUCCAUCCACGCUCGUGUGAACCGUCAGGUUGAGCGAGCCCUGAGCCUCCACCCCUUCCCAGCACGCCUGUGGUCCUCCAACCCACGCCCGCACGCCCACAUCCUCUCUCAACCCGCUCUCCAUCAUGGGUCAGCAUCUUCUGUUUUCAUCAGCUUCCUUUUCAUGAACCAGAAACAAGGAAAUCAGAUACAAAAGCUCCUUCACCUGCAAGUAACAUGGAGGCUGCGAUGCGGAGGGCCGUGGCACAGGGGUGAGGGCAGGAGCCCCCUCCGAGCCCCGUGCGGGUCACUGCUGCUCAGCAGGGUAGAAGCAAACUCUUGCUUUUAGCACACAAACACCCUGACUUUUCUGCGUCACAGAGCAAAAUCGGCUUAGAGCAAGGGUGUGGGUUGUUGGGUUUUUAACAAUAACAAUAGUUGGGGUUUUUUUUAAUAAUAAGGAUAAUAAUAAUGCAUAGGAAUCUUCUUUAGUAUAUCUUAGUGUCUGAUGCCCCAGUGACACAAUACUGCUUGCCUUAUAUUAGUGUCUAGAGGGAGAGGGAUUACACACCUUUUGAUACAGUAUUAAUCACACUUAUAAUUUAGGUAGCAGCAAGGAGCGGCUGCUGCAGGAGGAGCAGCCGGGUCCUUUUUAACAUAUGAAUGUGCUUUCCAGACUAUCUCACGUGACUGUACUCUCAAUUUUGCCUGCUACUGCAUGCAGCCUGAGAUGAGUAGACAGCAAUAUGCUCCAGCUGUAUCUGCACUCCCAGAUUGCUGUAGUACCUGAUGAGGUAACCUUGCCAAAAGCAUCAUUUUUGGGAGAGACCGUCCUCCCAGUGACCCAUCACGUAGGAUGCUGCGGUGCUUCUGUAGGUAACACUGAUAUACCAAGUGUCUUUCAUGCUGCGACUGAUCGUUGCCCCUUCCCUCUGAUACAGCAUGCACAAACUCCACUUCUACUGCUUGUAACUAAGGGGUAAAGCCCCACGUUUGUACCUGUGGUUCCUUGAAACGUGUACAGGGGGAGGAAAAAGUACGAAUUGUGUUGGCUGUGUAUAACAACCUCCUUUCCAUCCAGAUGCCUCUGAAGAAGAGCAUCCUGGAUACCCCUUUCUGAGGGUUUGGAGGAGCAGGCAGAACAAGGCAGGCAGUGCCAAGGAGGGAGGCCUGGUCUUUACUUAGGAGAUGCCGUGUGAACGCACAUGUUUGGGACUUGCCAUAUGUCUCUUUUAAUUCCCAUAGGGUUCUUUCGCCUGCAUCCAACUCUGGUGUACAUGUGCAUUUGUGCAUUUGUGCCUGCAGCCCAGCCCGAGGGGCAGGGGGGGAAUGUGGCUCCCAAACUUUGGAAACCCCUCUUUGGAAAUUUCAUCCACCCUUGUCUACAGCCCAUGGGGUCUCGGGGACCCUGCAGCUGUGCCAUAUCCAUUCCUUGUGGAAGCAUCUCUUACUCUCCUUACAGAGGGGCACCGAGCUACCUUCCUAUCUCCCUAAAUGUUUUGCCACAGUUCUCCCCGCUGUAAUACCAGACUGUCAUGAGGCACCCAGGGUUUGCCAACCUUGCUGGUGUUUGCAGACUCUCAUAUCUCUUAGCACUGCUGCCAUAAUCUAGUUUGACAUUGGUCCCGUAUCCUCACCUUCCUUCUCCAGACUCUAUACAACUGAAGAUUUAAUGCCAGAUCUCUGCUCUGAGACUUGCUUCUGACCUGGCAGCACUAGAUGCACCAAGGAUCCUUCAUGUUUUUGUUAGCGUGGCAGUUUUGCUUUUUAUUGGCAAUUUAUUUGCUUCCUCAUUGAGCCAUUGUGGCCUCAACACAUCCCUGGUUUGUUCUGCUGGAGCCUUUCGGCACAGGGAUGGAGUCUGUUUUGCCCCUCUGUACAGCACCCUGUAAGGGUUUGUCCCCUUGGCUUUAGCUGAGUGUGGUGAGACAGGGAUGAGGGUUCAGUUCUGGUUUUCUUGUCAAGCUGAAUGUCUCAGAGAAGAGCUUACAGACUCUUAACACCCUUAAUGCUUUUGCUCCCUAAAGCAAGAGCUGCUUCUGAGACCCCAGUCCCCUUCAGCAAUCCAUGCAUGCGGCUUUGCCUGCCAGGAUCCAGCUUGAUAAUGGGGAGAAAUGGAAAGCAGCUAGUCCAAGCUGUGCUAUUUCCAAAGCUGCCAGUGAACCUGGAAGCAUCUUACCCUCUCCUAAUUCCUGUAAAUACAGCUGCAGAUGAAUUGUUCAAGCAGCCGCCGUUUGCCUAGUCCUGAGAAACUUGAGCUAACCGCAACCACAAAGCUUUCCAAAACCCAGUGCCAAGCUCAGGCUAGAUUUCACCUGCAGCUACGCUUAUCAUUUUAGGGCAGGGUUAAUGGUUUCGGGUAGAGGUCAUGCCAAACUCUCCAGUUUGGAUGGUUCUGGCCCAAAACCAAGGUUGAAUGUCACACUGCCGGUGAAGCUUCCUCUGGAAUUUCAGCUUCAUUUGACACUGAUGACUGUGGACCUGGGGAGAUGCUCUUUCCUUCCCACUGCACACAAGAAAAGGUUGGCAUAAGCCUUGCAAGCCAAGACAAGAAAAUGCCUCCUUAUUUUAGCAUGCCAUAGGCACCUCCCGUUAAAAGUAGAAGCAGCAUUUCAUGGUAAAUCCUUAAACCUGACCAACAGUGUCCAUGACCCAGUAUUUCACAUAUGCAGUGAUGCUCGUGAAAGGGAUUUAUUACAGAUGUGGAUAUAGAGGGCUCAGUCCUUUAGCAUAUCUGUAGACACCGUAUUCAGCCUUGCUGAUGACCUGAGGAGAAGUCAUCGAAGCUGGUGACAGGUCUUUUCUGUCCUGCCUGUUUAUUCAUGCUGGUCCAACAUCUUCCCUGGAGCUGAAGAUAUCCCGUGCUCCUGUGAGCAGGCAGGAUGGGGACCCUUCUGUGUUGGUUAUUCUUCCCCACCACCCAAACUCAAACCCUAAAAUUUGAAGUUUCUUCACUUUUUCUGAAAAAAAUCAUGCACAGGGUAGAGAACCUGCAACUGAUAAAGCUGAUAAAUUACAGAUUUUGUUCUGGGGUUUUUUAUUAUUUAAAUUGAAAGAGGGAGGAAAUUCUUCACUAUGAGGGUGGUGAGGCACUGAACAGGUUGCCCAGAGAAGCUGUGGCUGCCCCUGGAUCCCUGGCAGUGUUCAAGGCCAGGGUGGAUGGGGCUUUGGGCAACCUGGGCUAACGGAGGGUGUCCCUGCCCAUGGCAGGGGGUUGGAAUUAGAUGGGCUUUAACAUCCCUUCCAACCCAAACAAUUCUGUGAUUCUAUGAUUUUAAAUCAAGGGCAGAUUUUAAACCUAGUUGCAGUCGCUGCGUGGUAUAUCAAAUGCUUUAGGAGAUUCAAUAAAUUAUUCUUAUAAAUGUUUUAUUCUUUUAUCAGUAAUUCGUAUAGGUGGGUGCCACUGUUCUUAUACAGCAAUGCUCCACACACUAAAACUAUAUUCUUGUUUCUCCAGUAUAGACAUUGUAUUUAUGAAAUUUAUCUUGCUUAGUGUCACCUUGGCACACUAUCCACAUAUACUGCACACAGAUUGCACAUUACAUGCCAAAUGCUGAUAGGUAUCACUACAUGUAAUAAGUGUACAUGUGUUGAACAGACACCGAACAAAGUGUUACCUGCCUCGUUUGUGAAGUGACUCAACAUAAUUGGGAAAAGAGGAAAACAAAGAUCUUGUUUUGUUAAGAAAUCCACUGCAUUCAAAUGCUACUUCAAACAGAUUUUACCAGUAAGCUAAAAUAAGUGAGAUGAUUGCUUCUGCAAUGUUACUUAAAAAAUACCUGAACAAAACAAACACACAGAGCCCAGAAAUCCUUAAAAAUUACUGUAUUUCUAUAUAAUCUUCAUUGCUAUUCAUCUGAGCUGUAAAUUCUGUACAGAUUGAAUGAAGUUCACGGUUUAUCUUUGUCAUAACCUGCAAGAUAAAAGGACAACACAACUUUGGCUGUAAGUGCGUGUGCAUGCUGUAUGCAUACAUGCAUAUACAUAUUGCUGUAUGUGCAUGUGUAUACAGAUGCAUGCACACAUGCGCUUUAAAGCAGAAAAAAGCUGCAUCUGAGAUGCACGAGGCGGGGGGGGGAAGUUCUUUCUUGAAGGUGGGAGAGUGGGUAAAACCAAAACAAAAGACUAUUUUGAUAACAUACUUCUAUCAAAAAGGAAGAUUUGCAAAGGGGAUUGAUGUGUAACUGCCAUCCCAAGGAGAAAUCCCACUUCUGAAGGCAGUGCUGGCCAUGGAGCAGAGUGAUGCGGUUGCUUUAAAUGACAUAUUGUUUGGCUUUCUUUAAAACGAACUAACAAAAGAAUAUAGCGGCCGGUGCCAAUUCCAAGUUCAACCCAUUCCUAGGAUGUGUGGCCAAACAGUUGUCCUAUGCCAUCGGAGAGCCGAGGGCAAAGGCUCUGCUCACUGGGACAGGUAAAGUGGUGCUGGCUGAUGGGCAGUGCCACGGUCUCCCCCAAACCCGGCACUGCAUCCCCUUCAGUACGGGCUGCUGCCCGGGCAGAGAUCCUGCUGCCCUGUCUGUCCUGCUCUUACCUUUGCCUCUGUAUUUAAAAAGCCCCUAGUUAAGAGUCAUUGAAGAAAAGUGAGAUAAAUAGUCAUCAAAAGCCCAUUUUGAUCUUAGAGUUAUGAAAGAAAUGACAAAGUUAUAAUCAAUAAAGCCGAUAUUCCAAGCUGGUCCACCUCCAAACUCUGAUUGCCCCUAUACAGAGAUUUCACCAAUCUCAUCAAAUGAAUCGUCCUCUAGGAUUUAAUUUUGCCCAUAUUUUCACCAAUAUAAGAUCUAUAUUGGGUAGAACUUAUCCUUCAGUGUUUAAUCUAAAUCAAGCAAAGGCACAAAGAUCUAAAUUUUCCAGUUAAAUGCUACUGGAUGACAUUGAAAAAAUAGUAAGCAGAUUUUUGCAUUGGCCUGAAAUUCAUCUCUAGAUCUGAAGUUAUCAAUUGUAAGAGCCACUUCAUUCCCAAAUGUGUUUCUAAGCAAAGGGUACAUCCAUCGCUUAUGUUGCCAUUUCCCUGCUAUACCAUGAAGCUAUCACGGUUUAUAACGGGAUCUGGCUUAUUUGGCCUUAACUAGGCUAAAACUGGUUCAUGCAUUUGCCCUGCCGGUGAGCUAAGAGGUGAAUUUCACUCUGGGACGGGCCGUUCUCUCUUGGCGCCAGUGCAGGUGCUGCACGCCCUCGCCUCCCACUCGUAAAAAUCUGGGGCUCAGCGGAGCAUGAAAGUUUGGUUGUCCUUUAGAAAGCAAAGACAGCUGCUGCUUUGCUUCCUUUAAUUUGCUCUGUUGCCUUGGCUUUUUUGCACUUUCGUUUCAUCUCCAAAGAAUCUCUCAUAAUGCCUUUGGUACUUACGUACAAUUUUAAAACAUUUUGUAUGUAUUGAAUGGUACACACUUUCUCUUGUAAAAUAGCAAUGGGACUUUAUUUUUUUUUUUUUUUUUUUUUGGUGAAUGUGUAACUUCCUCUGUACAUUUCAAUCAUGACUUUGUGCAAUGUACAUUUUAUAGGGACAGAUGCCAAGGGAAUGACCUGUAGUUUUCUAAGGGAAUAGCUAGAAGCUGAACGACACAGUCACAGAUGGUUUUACAUUAGCACCGCGGAAGAGCGACGUAGCCCAGACUUUUACACCGAAGCGUUGAGCGUGAUACAGUGUGUACCUUCACAUGAAUGACUGUGGCAGCUGCAAAACUGUAUAUGUGUGAUAUUAAAAACAACAGCGAUGGUUGCAAUUGGAAGGGAAAUGGAGGAAAAUUGAAUAACCACAAUCAUUAAUUUAAGCCUGAAAGCAUCAGAAUGGAAAAUUGCAUUCAGUAAAAAUACCAGAGAUUUAACCUUCAUGAGAUGAAAUACACAUUUAUUUUUCUUUGCA